AUGUUUGUGACUGCGCUAUCAGCUCACACAGGCCUGAGGAGCGGAGGAGCCGAGGGACCACUCACCAGUUCAGACGCCGCGGGGAGAGGUGCUGUGCUCGGCUGUGUGCUCCUCUACGGCUCCGGGAGGCAGGCAGAUGUCAAACUCCGUGGUCUUCAGCGGCAUGGAGGGAUGGCGCUGACGCUGAGGAGGAAUCAUGAGAACAGGGCCGGAACAAGAAUGUUUGGGGGCCUCACGGCGAACCCCGAGCCCACCGCGUUAAGGAAAAACUGA